UAUCUUUAUCAUGACCAACCCCGUUUUCAUCUACCACAAAGCGAGAAUCGGUGUCUAAACUCUGAACCCUAAAAAAAGAGACCAACAAAAACUCCCAACUUUAAAACCGAAUCUCUCCGAAACCCGUUUUCUUCUUUCACUCCCCUUUAGUUUUUCUCUCCAGUAAACCAUAGAAAUGAGCCGUGCACAGGAUCCACACCCUAACAAAUCCUUUUUCCCCUUUGGUAAUCCUUUUCGGAUGAUAUCACCUAAAGGAUCUCGCCUGUCUCCACAACAACUGACAAUAUUACACGAGUUUGAGGCAAAGUUGGCUGAGCGGCUGAGAAAGCUCACACCCAAAAGCAAGGAUGAAAUCCUCAGCUUCUCUUGGAUGACAUCAGCUAUGGCAUCGAUUCGUGAAACUCAUAGUGAUGUACUAACCCUUAUAGCAGAUCUCGAGCUGCCUGUGAUUGACUGGGACGACAAAUGGAAGGAUGUGUACUUGGACAUAAGUGUGAAGUUGCUUGAUAUUUGCAAUGCAUUUACCUCUGAGAUCUCACGUCUGAACCAGUCUAAUCUUUCAGUUAAGUGUGCGCUGCAUAGUUUGGAGUCUGCAUCUCCAAAGCAUUUUAUUCGUGCUUGUUCUUCACUUGAUAGCUGGAGGCAGCUUACUAAUUCUAGGAACCCCAGAAUCGAGAAAUGUCUUACCGUUUUGGAUGAUCUUGUGGGAUCACUUGAUCUGCCCAAGGUUAAAAAUUCUGCCAAGGGUAAGGCCUUGAUGCAAGCCAUGUAUGGAGUCAAGGUGCAGACAGUAUUUGUUUGCAGCGUGUUUGCCGCAGCUUUCUCAGCCUCACCAAAGAAGUUGCUGAACUUGGAUGUCGCCGACGUGUAUUCCUGGGCUCCAGCAUUCAGAAGUUUGCAGAGUUUUGUAAAUGAGGAAAUUAGAGUUAGAUUUUCCAGUGGCAGAUUUUCUGUGUUGAAUGAGUUGGAAGCCAUUGAUGCCUCCGUCAAGGAAUUGUACCCUAUAAUCCAGGGUAGUGUAGAUACAGUGAAGAUGGAAUCAUAUCAACAUAACGUUCACAAGUUGAGCAAUGCAUCAGGGAAUCUUUCACAAGGACUAGAUCUUCUUGCUAAGGAGGUGGAUGGAUUCUUCCAAGUAGUUCUAACUAGCCGUGACACUUUGUUGUCAAAUCUGAGGCCAGAUAAAAUUGUAAAUGAGAGAGUACAUGGGAGUAAGGUAGAUCAGCUAGUGCACUAAUCAUGCAGCAGACUAACUUUGGUGUAUGUAUAGUGGGGGGGGUUUUUUUUUUUUUUUUGUGGUUUUAGAAUUGUAGUGUUUGAUCAGGUUUUGUUUGGUUUGGUUAAGAUUGCGCAAGUUAUAUUAGAUUACAGUGUAGUAUUAUUAAGGUGAAAUGUGUACCUGAGUUGUUCAGUGUAAUAUCAAAGCAGUUAAAAUAUAUAUUGAAAGUGUUAUUUUGCCUAAGCUACUGCUUGUCUGUUACACUGUGAUGUGUGUGUUUGUAGAUAUGUAUUAUGUAAUAAACAAUUGAACAUGUAAUGUAAUAUUAGUUACCACUUC